AUCCCCCUCGCGAGUGAGACAACUUUUCAUAUAUAAGGCGGCCUCCCCGGGAAUACCGGUGAUAGUCUGGAUCUCGCGAGUUUCCCAUGCGGACACCCCCGUGCGAACGAGCGACCAGCCGGGGUCGAUCGGUCGAUUGCGGUGAAAUCGGUUCAGAGAAAGAGCCGGAGAAUUUCACGAGAUUUCGAAGCAAAUUUUGCUGUGAUUCGGUGUCGAGAGCCAUUUCUGGGCUUCUGCGAGAAAGGGAAACGAGAGAAGUCGGAGAGGUAAAUCAGCAGCGGAAGAGUUGAACUCCUUUACGGGCUCAGUGGGGUCGUUCGUGAAUUUCGGUGGCAUCUUCGGUAAUUGAUCUCGCGCGGCUUCUGACUACGGAUGAGAUCGUGAGAACCGGCGGACGCGCGUUAUGGCAAAUCACCAUCCAGCGUACGACUUCGAAGACAGGGGUCAGAGGAUCCGCCAUCGGGUCGGCACCGCGUCGAGACCCGCGGACUCCACCGUCGCUUGCACUAGUACACAAUAUUACGUGGGCCCCAGCAGUGACAUCAGCGAAGAAGAUUUGGCGGAAUUGCCAUCAUGCGUUUACGCGGGCAGGUCGACGCAACAUGUCGCACACACCUCGCCACAUACGCACUCUCCCUUGCAUUACCACAUGCCAGUUUCAACACCAGAUCAUAAUGAUACGGAAAUAAAUGGCGUGGAGGAGGGUUAUUAUCCAAACGGCAGCCCUUACAGAAUUCAACGACACGCCGCCAACAUUCGUGAGAGGAAACGCAUGCUUAGCAUCAACUCGGCUUUCGACGAGCUCCGGGUCCACGUGCCGACGUUUCCUUACGAGAAAAGACUAUCGAAGAUUGAUACCCUGCGUCUGGCCAUUGCGUAUAUCGCGCUACUGCGCGAGGUCUUGGCGGCCAGACUCGACCCUUUGACAUACGUCGAAAGGUGCCUUAGGGGUGAAAUAAACGGCGAACGCGCCGAGUGGAACACAAGUGAUCUGACGGCACGUUUAUCCUGGAUAAACUGGGAGAAUCUGGGUGUGAAUCCAAACCGGCGAUCUGUGCUGACCACUCUCGCGCUGACGACCGACAAUAUGAAUUGAGCAUCCACGACGAGAGACGCUCGCAUGAGUCACACAACGAUUCCUCUUUUCUUUGUAAAUACCUUCACGCUGGAAUAGAGAGAAGAAGAAGGAGAGAGAAGGAGAGAGAGAGAGAGAGAGAGAGAGA